CUUCCUCGAGGGGGUCGCGGCGACUGAGAGCCCCCACCCCCUCCUCUCUCUCUCCCUCGCUCACCCCCGGCUCCUCCUGCGCACGCCCCGGCCCCGAUUGUUGACAAAAGACGCUGUAAGACGGAGCGGAGGAGCCGCUUCUGGGACCCCCUGAACGCUGGUUCCGGUGUGGCCGAGGUGCUUCGGUUGUCGGCGGCGGAGGUCUGACCGCAGCAGGCCGGCGAGAAGUGAACGCCCCCCCCCCCCUCCUCCUCCACCUCCUCUUCUCCCUCGCCGCUCUCCUCCCUAAAAACUACCCGCAACUGGUAAUUACCGACAGAACCAGCAUCCGAGAUGGGUCGCCCACAGUGAGGACAGGCGGCAGGCAGGCCAAGCCUUGCGGGAGCAGGCCAGUCCACUCAGCGAGGGAUGGUGUGAGCAGCGUCGGCCCGGCAGUCUGGAUCUGAACGGGGACUCGCCAUUCCCCCGGAGCCUUCGCGGCUCCAAGCCGCGUCCAGAGCCCUCCAAGAUGGGGAGCUGCGACGGGAGAUGCACCCUCCUUGUGAUCUGUUCCCUGCAGCUGGUGGCUGCGCUGCAGAGGCAGGUGUUUGAUUUCCUCGGGUACCAAUGGGCGCCGAUCCUUGCCAACUUCCUGCACAUAAUGGCCGUCAUCCUGGGCAUGUUCGGCACGGUGCAGUUCCGUUUCAGAUACCUCAUCUUUUAUGCAGUAUGGCUGGUCCUCUGGGUGGGCUGGAACUCCUUCAUCAUCUGUUUUUACCUGGAGGUCGGAAACCUGUCUCAGGAUCGUGACUUCCUGAUGACGUUCAACACCUCUCUUCACCGUUCAUGGUGGAUGGAGCAUGGCCCCGGUUGCCUGGUGACAGCGGUGCCCGGACCCCACAUGGCCCCUGACGAUCACCAUGUCAUCAGUGUCUCCGGCUGUCUCCUUGACUACCAGUACAUUGAGGUGCUGAGCUCAGCCAUCCAGGUCCUGCUGGCUCUGUUUGGCUUUGUGUACGCCUGCUACGUCAGUAAAGUCUUCCAGGAUGACGAGGAUAGCUUCGAUUUCAUCGGUGGGUUCGACUCAUAUGGCUACCAGCCUCCUCAGAAGUCCUCUCAUCUGCAGCUGCAGCCUCUUUACACAGCUGGAUAAUGGUUGGUAGCGCCCUCUUCACACCAAUCCUGACAGUGUCACUGUGGACGAGGAACAUCGGUUGACCCGACAACACUCACUUUUGUGUGUCACAGUUUAGCUGAAGACUGGACUUGAAGCCCCAACCCGAGGGGUGGAUGUGUGUGUGUGCCCGAGAGUCCAAUGAGUACAGGUCGAUGAAGAACCAGCACGGAGAACUGAGAUGAAUGAAAGGAAAGCAGAAUGAGUAAUAAAAGAUAGCACAUUCACAAAACUGCCAACUCGCAACACUCCCACACGUGUGUCUGUGUGUGCGUGUGAGUAAUAUGUGUGUGUAACUGUGUGACUUCACAGGACUAGCUGGUGCUUUUUUUUUUCACCAUGAACUCUGGCCACUUGGUGCCCCUGUGCAUUUUUAAGGGGCGCUUACGUGUGGGAUGCUGGGAGGGGGCGGGGGGCACGGCUCGUACCUGUUGUUGUUUUAGAAUGUGAUGGUGUCAACUAGAGCAGUCGUUUGAUCCCAAAUCCUAAAGCCAUCAUCCUUGGUAGCUAUAAUUCACAGAGGUGUUCGGAACAUGCUCACUUGUAUCAGCAAUGUCAUAGAAGCAGGCGAUAAAACUCCCAGCGCCUCAGUAUGCAAUUACCUUGUCAUAGGGUGUGAUUUACAGAGCGGGUAAUUUUGGUGCACGCACUGACAACUUGGAUGAUCCAACUUCUUUGGCGUGAUGUUUGCACGGAUGAUAACAUCGUGGUGCCUUUGAGGACAGGCUCUGCCUUCAGGCAGCUCCAAGUAUUUAAAAUUAAAUGUAGCCCCUAGAUGUUGACAGGAUUUGAGCCGGGACCGUUCCUAUCAUAUUCAUCUUUGAACACAGCUCAUUUUCCUGCUGACGGCACCGAUAAUAGUACUACUAAAGCACAGCCACGAAUCUUUCUUACGGCCAUAUGAUGUGAAGUGCUUCCCUCAAGCUCGGUGGCUCAGGCUUAAACCUGCAUCUCCAUGAAUCUGUUUAUCUCUUUUCACUUCUCAUUCUGGAUCAGAUUUGAAGGUGGCUUUAGGAUCUGGCUUCGAUUUGUCUUUUGGGAAGGGGCGGUGGGGGAGGGGGGUUCUGUCAUGGGAUGCUGUGCAUGUAAAUAACCAGCCAAUGAUUGUUUUGUCUAUUUUAUUUAGGACAGGAGAGUGCAUCUCUGGGGGGAGUGGGCUAGGGUGAGAAUGAAAGAGAUUUUCUUCAUACCCUUUUCUCCUCUCUUUCCAUCCUGUGAGAUUCAAUUGAAUAUUUGCACCUGUGCAGAGUCACCUGGUGAACAACUUGCAUGUUUUUGUUUUCUAAUCUGAUGGAGGAGUGAAAAUAGGAAAUGGGUAUGAGGUGAAUGUCUUUAUGGGGAUUAAGGAGAGGUUUGAAAUAAUAAAAACACU